UUCAUUUCAGUUUCAAAUACCUACAAAAGCUAAGCAAUAAGCGAGUGCCUGCUUAAUUCCCGAACAUUUUGUUAUUAAUUUCAUCUAAAACUAAUAUACCAACUAACAUUAUCAUUCUGUAAACUCUUGUAUUGAAACUACAUACAGAAGUUUAGCGUUAGUAAGUGGGAAAUGUCUUCGAACAAGGAAAAUAUUUUGCGUCAAUUUUGUGAUGUUACCGGCGCAGACGACAACCGCAGUAAAUUCUUCUUAGAAUCCUCUAAUUGGCAGCUCGAUGUAGCAUUAUCAAGCUUCUAUGAGCAUGGCGGUAAUAUAGAGGAGGCAGCAAACACACAGCCAGCCGCGGCCGCUGUGCCCCAGCUGUCAGACAGUGACAUGGAGUCCCCACCAAGAUCUCCGACGCAACCUCAAAAGAAAGACAAAAAGAAACCCGCCAACCCACACUUUGCCACUUUGGACUCACUGCAGCAAGAAAGUUCUAGUGAAGAUGAAGGUGAAGCAUUCUAUGCAGGAGGAUCAGAAAGGUCGGGACAGCAGAUAUUGGGACCAGGGAAGGGAAGGAAGGACAUUGUUACAGAGAUGUUCAAGAGUGUUAGAGAACGCGGCGCUGUGGUGUUCGAUGAAGAGCCAUCGACGGCGAGCCGUGGCCGCGGCGGAGUGUUCAGCGGAGUGGGAUACAGAUUAGGUCAAACGGCAGAUGACCAUGAACAAGUUACUCCUGGAAGAACUGCUGGACAACAGGACAAUCAGCCGCGCUCAGUUCGCCUGCAGCUGUACCGCGAGGGCUUCUCCGUGGACGGCGGCCCGCUGCGCCAGUACGCCGACCCCGACAACGCGGAGUUCCUCAGCUGCAUACGCCGAGGGUACACACACGUUACAGAUGACACAUUCACACUGUACAAUCUGCCGCGCUCAGUUCGCCUGCAGCUGUACCGCGAGGGCUUCUCCGUGGACGGCGGCCCGCUGCGCCAGUACGCCGACCCCGACAACGCGGAGUUCCUCAGCUGCAUACGCCGAGGGUACACACACGUUACAGAUGACACAUUCACACUGUACAAUCUGCCGCGCUCAGUUCGACUGCAGCUGUACCGCGAGGGCUUCUCCGUGGACGGCGGCCCGCUGCGCCAGUACGCCGACCCCGACAACGCGGAGUUCCUCAGCUGCAUACGCCGAGGGUACACACACGUUACAGAUGACACAUUCACACUGUACAAUCUGCCGCGCUCAGUUCGCCUGCAGCUGUACCGCGAGGGCUUCUCCGUGGACGGCGGCCCGCUGCGCCAGUACGCCGACCCCGACAACGCGGAGUUCCUCAGCUGCAUACGCCGAGGGUACACACACGUUACAGAUGACACAUUCACACUGUACAAUCUGCCGGGCUCAGUUCGCCUGCAGCUGUACCGCGAGGGCUUCUCCGUGGACGGCGGCCCGCUGCGCCAGUACGCCGACCCCGACAACGCGGAGUUCCUCAGCUGCAUACGCCGAGGGUACACACACGUUACAGAUGACACAUUCACACUGUACAAUCUGCCGCGCUCAGUUCGCCUGCAGCUGUACCGCGAGGGCUUCUCCGUGGACGGCGGCCCGCUGCGCCAGUACGCCGACCCCGACAACGCGGAGUUCCUCAGCUGCAUACGCCGAGGGUACACACACGUUACAGAUGACACAUUCACACUGUACAAUCUGCCGCGCUCAGUUCGCCUGCAGCUGUACCGCGAGGGCUUCUCCGUGGACGGCGGCCCGCUGCGCCAGUACGCCGACCCCGACAACGCGGAGUUCCUCAGCUGCAUACGCCGAGGGUACACACACGUUACAGAUGACACAUUCACACUGUACAAUCUGCCGGGCUCUGUUCGCCUGCAGCUGUACCGCGAGGGCUUCUCCGUGGACGGCGGCCCGCUGCGCCAGUACGCCGACCCCGACAACGCGGAGUUCCUCAGCUGCAUACGCCGAGGGUACACACACGUUACAGAUGACACAUUCACACUGUACAAUCUGCCGCGCUCAGUUCGCCUGCAGCUGUACCGCGAGGGCUUCUCCGUGGACGGCGGCCCGCUGCGCCAGUACGCCGACCCCGACAACGCGGAGUUCCUCAGCUGCAUACGCCGAGGCGAGAUCCCAGACGAGUUAUCGGGUCGGGGCGAAGUCCGGCUGAGCCUGGAGGACCGGCGGCACGAGGACUGCACGCGCGCCGUCGCGCCGAGACAGGCCUUCUCCGGCAAGGGACACUUGCUAGGCAGCCCGACUCCGGCGACGGUGGGCCAGACAAUCGCGGUGGCGGCAACUUCCGACGAUCGCGCCGCCAACCAGCGCGCCGCGCAGGACGCUGUCGCGCUGGACGAGAGCAGCCCCGUCACCACUGUGCAGUUCCGACUGUCAGACGGCACCCGCCUCACGGGCAGAUUCAACCACUCGCACACAGUGGACGACCUCAUCCAGUACGUGACGCGAGCUGAGCCCGCCUACCAGCUGCAGACCUUCGCGCUGUUCACCACCUUCCCCAGCACCGAGCUGACGGACCGCGGCGCGACCCUGGCGCAGGCCAACCUGCUCAACACCACGGUGUUGCAGCGGCUCAAGUAGACGUACAAGGGACAACACUCAUCUAUCGCCUUGCACGCGGACCCGAAACGUAUCGCCUCGCCGUCUUACAGCUCGCUGGCCGCGCACUUAUGUUUGGGGUCGUAUGUCGUAUUGUCAGAGAGCGGGUGGACAUUUUUGGGCAGUCGCAUGGAGUUAAGUUGAAAACUUGUCCUGUACUUCUCAUAAGCUACUCUCAAACACAGAACUGGAGAUAUUGCUGGGGAGUAAAAAUUAAUCAAACGGCUCAUAUUUGGUAUAUUUUAAGUUAAUGUUAUUGCCUGGCAAAGUCAAAAGCCCGACUAAAUAAUCUGGACUAUUUAUUUAUUUUCUUUAUUAUUUCAAUGUUUAAUUAUUUUAAGGUACAAAAAUUACAGAUUGCUCAAGGGCAUGGUAUACAAAAAAAAAAUUGCAAUUACUCCGAAUAACACAGGUCUGUGUGUGGCAGCAUAGGAGAGGUACAGGACAAGCUUUCAACUUCCCUCAAAUACUUCUCUUCUUCUUCUUCUUGCCCAAAAAUCUACCUCAUCUCGGACUACGUAAGGCCAUCGGCACGCCAUAAGCUCGUCCAAAGGCGAGGCGUUUCUUUUACUUAUACUAUUACUGUGCAUUGAAGUAUGGAAUUUCGAGGCGAUAAGGAGCGAGUACGUAUUCGAGGCGUUAUAGUGAGUUUUUAACCUAAGGGACCCCGUGUAUGGUCAAACUUUACGUCAAAUCAAUCGUGUUUGUCAAACAUUCUGAUUGUCUGUGACCUUUUGUUUAAUAAAAUAGUCAAGUUUGACAAAAAUGCUAGAUCGUUGACGCUCGCCCUGAUACAAUCAUUGUUAAUGCAUACAUUAGCAUUUAUUACAUAUUGCGAAUAAAAUGCGGCUGUUGAAAGAGUGAGUCCUGACAGGUCGUACCGUGACAUUACACUGUAUAUUUAGGCCGGCCACAUGCACUCGUUUUCCGCAUUCGUUUUCCGAAUCCGUUUUCCGAAUCCGUUUUCCGUGUUCAGAAAACCGAAUGCAUGAAAUCAAUUUAUAAUUUGAUUUGAUUUGAUGACCGCAUAUGAACGUUUUUUUUUUGUGAACAAAUUCCGCGCAUGCUAAUGCAAACCAUUGCGACAUACAUUCUGUAUGAUAAAAAACGUAAUCUCACGGAAUUCCAAAUCGAAAUUACACAUUAGGAAAACGAAUGUAGGCGGCCGACCUUAGAUUCAGUGCUUUGUAGUAACACACAUUAAAUAGUUCCUCGCUCAUGGUUACAUAUACUCACAUUCAAAUAAUUUUCUUGAUUAAAACUUGAAAAUGUAUAAAUAAUAUACAAUGUGCAAUAGGGUAGUUGACUCAUACAAAAUUUAAUAUAAACAAUAUUAAUUUCGCAUAGUACAAUAUAACAUAAUAAGGGUCCGAAAUAUAUCAAUAUGAAUUAAUAAAAGUUAAGGACUUCCUAUAAAACUUAAAUUAAGAUUAAUGUAUUUUCAAAAUUUUCUAAACGUCAAAAACGCUGUCGUCCAUUUUGUCACGUCACAAUGUUACUUGAUUUAAAAACGUCCAACUAAUCGUUAACUAAUAUGUUUUGUGAAACGCUCCGUUUGGCAAAAAUAUUAACAACAUAAUAUUUGACAUUACAAUCAUGAAUCAGUUGAAAUAUAGACCAUCAUGGCCGACAGGCGUUUUGGUUCGUAUUGUCAAAAACAUAUUUAAAAACUAAAAUAUUCAUGUAAUCACGUCUCAAAAAAAUAUCAAAAACAAUUUUUCAAACUAUAAUGAACUAUUGAAGACCAUUUUAAAAAAAGUGUCAACUAGCCUAUUUCUCACCAAUUGUCAUGGCACAGCCGAGUUGCGGUAAUAAAUGAUUGUUUAUUUGUCCUUACUUGUGAAUAUCAUAUUGUUGAAAACAACAAUGUCUCAAAUGUUUUUUUAUAAACUGCACUGUUAUAGCAAUUGUUUUGUUGUUGUCUAACUGCAUACGUCACUACGGAGUUCUUUCAGCGGCAGCGCCUGGCUAUUGAAAUAAACCAAUCUUUAUAAAGAUAAAAGUCUUUGUUUUUCUCUUUUGUAUCCUGUUCUGUUUCAAACAUAUCAAAGGGAAAAGUUAAAAUAUAUUUUCCUCACUUAAAUCGAAACUAUUGAGUAACAGCAAUAAUUCAAUUUAAACACAAUGAGAAUAUAUCAUCGCAAAUAUGCAUCUAAUAUUACUGAUAUAUAUUACAAUUUAGUUUUAAACGUCUGUUGUAUUGAAAAAAAAACAUUAAUUUUAUAUGCGGUAGUUAAAAUUGGCUAUAUGACAAUAUUAUAGUAGAUACCAGUAUUUUAUAAGAAAGCAAGCUAAUUUUUAAUACUUUUUCGUUAAUCACAAUUUAUAAAGCUGUUUAUUAUAAGACUACAAAAGCUUCAUUUGAUAGAAAAAAGACAAUAGAUGUUUACAUACAAUAGUUAUUAAAUAAUUUAUUUAUUUAAUAAUGAAAAAGUAAAUUUUGAAUAUUUUACAUUUUAUUUUGUUUCCAAUGGCAACGAAAACUAUUUGAUUUUGUGUAUUUCGUAUUCUAUAGAAUGGAGUAAGAAUUCUUAAGUUACAGUCGUUGGGAGACAUUAAGUUGUGCAAAUAUAUUAAAAAUUUCUUUAAAAAAAUA